GAGAAAGAAGUUCUCGUGAAAGAGGAGGAAGAAGAAGAGGCUGUUACAAUACAAAAACAAGUAGAGGGUGAGGCUGUUACAGUGAAAGAAGAAGAGAAAGGCGUUACAGAGAAAGACGCCUUCAGAGUAAAAGAGGAAGGGGCUGUUAUUGUGAAAGAAAAGGAGGAAGAUGCAGUUUUUGGAAUGGAGGAUGAAGUGAAAGAAGAUGAAGACGUUUUUGGAAUGGAGGAUGAAGAGGGGGAGAUUACUGUCACAUUAGAGGAGGACGAAGAAGAGAAGACUGGAGAACUGAUUAACACCAGUAAAUACAGAGAGAGACGGGACUAUCGUGGAUCCUCUGGGGAUCCUCAACAAUAUCAUGAUGCUGAUGAGGCAGAGAGUCUCUCCAGAUCAGAACUACGCAAGAAACACCAGCAGAGAUGUAUAGGGAAGAAAUCUCACUGCUGCUCUGACUGUGGGAAAAGAUUCAACUCUUCAUCAGACCUUAAAAUACAUCAACGAAUUCACACUGGAGAAAAACCUUAUGGCUGUGAUCACUGUGGGAAGUGUUUUACUACAUCUAGCUAUGUAACUAUACACCAGAGAACACACACAGGAGAGAAACCAUAUGUCUGUAGUCAAUGUGGGAAGAGUUUUAUACGGCUACAAACCCUGAAAGCACACCAUAGAAUACAUACUGGAGAAAAACCUUUUGGCUGUGAUCACUGUGAGAAGAGUUUUUCUACAUCUAGCUAUCAAAUUAUACACCAGAGAACACACACAGGAGAGAAACCAUAUAGCUGUAGUCAAUGUGGGAAGUGUUUUACACACAUCAAAAGCCUGAUAGUACACCAGCGGACACACACAGGAGAGAAACCUUAUAGCUGUAAUCAAUGUGGGAAGAGUUUUUCCACAUCUAGCUAUGUAACUAUACACCAGAGAACACACACAGGAGAGAAACCAUAUAGCUGUAAUCAAUGUGGGAAGAGUUUUACUCAGCUAAACAGCCUGAUAGUACACCAGCGGACACACACUGGAGAGAAACCUUUUAACUGUGAUCAAUGUGGGAAGAGUUUUGCUACAUCUAGCUGUCUGACGACACACCAGAGAACACACACAGGAGAGAAAUCUCUUAGCUGUAAUCAAUGUGGGAAGAGAUACUCUGAUAAAAGAUCACUGAUUAAACAUCAGAAAAUACAUGGAGUUGUUUCAUGAUAUCAAUGAAAUAAUGUCUCAAUGUAGAACCUAAACGUUUGCCCCCUGUUCUAUUGAUUUCAGCAUGAUAUGGAUAUUCGGGACAAAUCCAGGCUCUGAAUUGAUAAAGUACUAUUUAUAAGCUUUAACAAAAACUGACUAACAAAAAAUUAGUUGUGUUACACUUACCACGUUGGUGACCCACUUGAAUUAAAAUGCACCACUUCAAAUUGUAGCGAGCUGUUUUCUACAAAUUGUCCUUUAACCAAUGCUGUACACAUUAUUCUCAGAUUCCGUGUGGUUUUUAAGCUCUUAAACUCAUCGAUAUCAUGUUGAAAUCAAUUAUGACUGAUAAGUGUUGCGUUCCUUUGUUUAGCGACCCCUACAUUUAAAUGCAUCACUCCAAAAUGUAGCUGACUGUCUUAUGCAGGUUGUCCUUUAACUAGUGAGGUGAAAGAUUUCUCCUUCCAUUAGUUUUUUUUAGUUGUGUUAAUUUCAACAUCAGGUACAACCUGAUUUCCCCCCUAAUUGAUAUCAGUGAUUUAUUGCUACUUGUCAAAACAACAGUGUUUCUGGUGCUUGUGCAGUUAAAAAUAAAGAGUAAUAUGAUUCUUGUGGCAGAUGUUUGUGUAUAUAGCACAUGUUAUGUUUUCAAUAUAUCACAAACUGUUUCUGCAUAUUGGUUAUUGAUUUGGACAUGUUAAAACUGUGUUUUGUCAUUGGGGCUGUCCCAGCUAGCAAAAUAUAAUUGAAAAGAUGUUGAAAGAAGACCAAUCGGUUGAAAGAUGUAUUUUCUGGGCGUUUUUUUCAAUUACUUGAUAUUUCAUAUUUACAAUUGAAUAAUCACAAUUAUUUACGCAAUCAACUGACCAUUUUUGGGUACAAUUAUAUUGACACUGUUGCCCUACUUUUAUAAUAUCAGGGUUCAUUCUCACAUGUGCCAACCCAAAUGUACUAGAGCAUGACAUUGGGGACCGGGCCCCGAUCCAACAACAUGUCUAUCUAGUGAACCCUGAAAAGAGAGAGAGAAGCUCCGCAGUGAGGUGGAAAGUUACUACGGAUAUUGCAAGAGUUUCCUCUUGAAAUCAGACAUGUCUGUUGUAAGGACAACUUGGUUGCUGAUUCUCUAAAGGGUGGGCAGUCAAAAAGGUUUGAGUUUUGCGUUUAGCCAUUGCGUUGCCAUGGAUCCCAAUUGAUUUUGACUGCAAGUUAUUUUGACAGAGUUCUAGAAGCUAGUGAGUUUUAGGAACACGGGAGUUCUAGAAGCUAGUGAGUUUUAGGAACACGAGAGUUCUAGAAGCUAGUGAGUUUUUCAAAACUUGUGAGUUUCAGAAAGAAAAAGGAGAAAAAAAUGUAUAUAUUUAAAAUUUGUUUUUGCUUGUUUUUAAUUGUUGCCUUCCAGUAGACACCAUGUUUUAUAUUGGUGAAGCAUUGUAGUUGAUUAUAAUGUGAAAUGGAAGUUGUUUUCUGUUGGUGGUGAGCAAACAUUUCCAACAAAAAUAUAGGAUAUAUUUGUUGUCUUAAGGGGGGGAAGGUGUUACAGGCUUUGGUUUUUCCAUUUAUGUUUUGAGGUUGGACUUUAGCACAUAGGAAAAGGGGAUACCUAGUCAGAAUGCAUUCAACUGAAAUGUGUCUUCGGUGCAUUGAUUGGUUUCACCUCGUUAGUCAGUAUGUGUUACACCUGUGCUGGCUUGUCCAUCUCAUUAGUGGGAAGGUGUUUCACCUGAGCUGGUCCAGGUUCUAUGUAGGAGUGUCUGGCCCAGUGCUCCAGUUGUCUUGAUAGAAGUGGAGAGGCAACAUCUUUAGUUGCGCUACCUUUUUGGUUUGCUUCCUGUCUUUAAGUGUGGUGUGGGUUUUUCUUUUGUAUGCCUCUUCUUGGGCAGAUUUAGUGGGUGUCGUGGUGGGUGUCUUUUAGGUCCCAGUUGUUGUUACUAGUCAACUUUCAGUGGACACCCCCAUAGUGUCUUUCAGAACCCCUCCAAAAACCCCACCUGUUUAGUUGUGGUUGUUAGUGACUCUUUGUUAGUUCCCUUUUCUCUUUGAGCAACAUUUUAGACUUGUUUUAUGGGGAACGUAAAAACAAUGUAGUAAAACAAGCUUAUAUUUUGGGUUGGAUAUUGCAUCAUUUAAAAAAAAAUGUUUUAAUCAAUGGCAUUUCCUUAGAAUGUUCAUUAGUCUUUCAGUUGUUAGUCUUGUUUUUUUAUCCUCAUGUUUGUUGUGUACUAAAUAUUGUUUAUUUUAAUUGUUUUUCUCCUGUGAAGUCAUCGCGUUCCAUCCAUGUCUAAAAUGUGCUGUAUAAAUAAAGCUUGAUUUGAACAAACA